AUGGUUUAUAAGCGUGCUAUAAUUCUAGGAGGAGCGUUGAAACUUGAAGAAAGUGAUGAAGAUGUCGGUGAUUUGGUUGGAUCAGUUAAAAAAGUUGUCGAGAGAUGGAGUGUACAACAAUUUUUGAGAUUUGAAAUUGAAGAAGAAAUGGUUGAUAGAAUAAAACUUUGGAAAAAAGUUAAAGAAUAUGAUAAGCGAAACAGUUUAAGAAGAACUUUAACUCCUACCACAAAAAAGCAAUAUCAGAGGGGCCUAGCUCAAACUGUGACUUUAGAAGAAGUUCACCUAAUUGUUAAAAGAUGUGCUGAUAAAGUACGUUUACAUGUUGUGGAUAUAUUUAAGCCGAUGCACAUUGGCGAUAACGCCAAUGAUGUCAGAAGACUUAUAGGUUGUUUAUUACGUGAAACUCGCGCACAAUGUGAUGAAGAACUCGGAAAAUUGGAUAUUCAUAUUAUAGUCUCUGCUAUGAAAUGGGCUUUAAGACAUUGUGUUACAACUAUUGUCCCAUAUCAAUUCUACGAAGAAUUUGUAAUAUUUGAACAAGAAUCUGAUUUUGAUCCAGAUAAAGGUUCAUUCAAACAAUUUCUACGCUAUCUACCAAAUCAAAACAGAGAUAUACUUGUUGAACUAUUUGAUAUUUGUGCACAGGUAACUGCUGAAUCACACAUAAACAAUAUGCCAGUUGAACGCUUAGUUAAGACAUUGGCCCUUUGUAUUCUGGGUGAUAAAGAUAAACCACUUGAAGGUUUUGAAGGAGCCUAUAACGAGUGGACAAAAUGCUCUCAAGCUUGUCUACACUUAUUCCUGGCUUAUCUUCGUGAGAAAGCUGUCACUACCGAAUUAAACCCACGUCUCACUAUCUUGAUAGACAAUUAUGUUGAAUAUAGAAAAAAAUCUGUUACAUCCGUUAUAUGGGGUAAAAACAUAAAUAAUUUAUGGUGGCAACAUCAAAUUCCUAAACCUUUUACAACAAAAUUGCCAACAGGUACUUUGGUCUUGAAAGAAAGAAUAAAUGAAAUUGGAUGUAAAGAUAAAAGGUAUCCAGAUAUGGGAUUAAGAUUGGUGUUACCAGCCGAUACAAAACCAAUAUUACCAUCCUCUUUUACUGAAUUACCAUCAAUAGAAUAUACUAUUAGAAGAAUUUUGCAUGGUAUUCCAGAAGGAAUUGAUGAUUUUGAAACAGGAACAUCAUUGCCACUACAAUCUAAUUUUGAUUAUAUGGGAGGAAUUGAUUUUCAUAAAGGCUGUUAUAUUGGUCAAGAACUUACAUUUCGUACAUAUCAUACUGGAGUAACAAGAAAAAGAAUUAUUCCAAUACAACUAUAUCGUGAAGGAGAAAGCAAACCAACAACCUUAGUGGUUGAUCGCAAAUACAAUACAUCAUCAUCGGAUCUUCCUCCACCCCAUAAAGAAAUCGUUAAUAUCAAUGAUAACAAAAAAGGACGUUCAAUAGGCAAUAUUGGUUCAUCUUGUUAUAAUGUAGCAUUGGCGCUUUUAAGAUUGGAUAAGAAUAAAACCUUUUAUUCCAUCAUGGUGGUCAAUAGCUCACUUUUAAGAUUGGAUAAGUUGUAG